AUGAUACUUGCUUUCCUUUCACAAUUGGUAGCAUCAUCAUUAACUUUACAGGACCCUGUAGUACAAACAAACCCUUUCACAGGCAUAAAAGAAUGUGGUUUCUUUAAUUAUAGAUACAUUUUUAAUGGAAAAUCAGAAAUUUUAACUUAUAAUGAUUUUGGAACUUAUGUAAAGCUAAUUGUCAAUGGUACAGCCUUUUAUCCAGCCAACCAAAAUGCUGGCGAUUACAAUGGAAUUACAGUACAUCUUCAAGUAGAAAAUGUUACUGAUGAUGAUGAUAUUUACAUUAAAUACAUCAUUACUAACACAUAUGAAUAUGAAGCCAGAGUUCAACUUGGUACAUUUACAGAUAUUUCAUUCAAAGGUAAUGAUGGCAACCAUAAUAGAAUUACUCCUUUGUCAGAUAAAAAAAUGUAUUCUAUUGAACAUGUUCAAAUUGCGCCGACUUGGCAAAAAAUGGUAAUGGAUUAUCGCGAUUUUAAAGGUAAAUAUAUUCCACCUGAUAACUAUUGGUAUGGUCAAACAUUUGAUCCUGAAAACAAGUAUUUCAUGAAGUUCAACAACGUAAAUGAAAUAAACGUACUCGAAGCUUCAGAUGAUAGAAACGUUGAUUCAUAUUCAUCAUAUUCAUGGAAUGAAAAAAGAAUUCAAGGAAAACAAGCCAUUGUACUAGGUAUUAGGCUAUUCUUUAUUAUGAAAACUCCUUUUGAUUUCAUUGCAACUAAGAAGGGGUUUGCCGGAGGAAUGACAGGUGCAAUCGAAGCAGAAACAUAUUGUAGAAUUUUUGUGGAAGGCAGAAAUUAUGAUGCUUAUUAUGCAAUUAAUGAUUCUAAGGACUUCAAAAAAUUAUUAAGCUUUCCAGGUACAGCAAGCUCAAUGGAUAGAUAUGGAUUUUGGAUAAUGCCACCAGAUGGAGCAAUUAAUACAAAGUACACGAUGUAUCUUCAAUAUCAAGAGGAUGGAAAAACUUUACAAUCUAACAGAAUUGAGUUCAAUAUAACUCGUUCAGAUCAACCAUCAAUCUCAUUACUAUCUGGUGAUACAUUAAGCAAACCAUUUAGAGGAAAUGAAAGUAUUCCAUUAGAGUUUACAAUUACUUCCCAAAGAUCAGUUAAUGUUUCAUUUGAAGUUUAUAGAGGAAAAGCAAUGAUCCAUCAUGAUCUUAAAGAAUUUAAGUUUGGAGCAAUAGGAUCGAAUGGAGCUACAUCAAAAGCAAAUUUCAGCCUUUCUAAGAUCCCAUCAGGAACAUUUACAUUGAAAGUUAAAGUAAUAAAUGAUCUGGGAAGAGAAUCCACGUAUGAUGAAACUCAAUUCACAGUCGAAUCUGAUGUAUAUGUUCAAAAUGUACACUUCAGUCAAGAAACAUAUGAUCCAACGGAAGAUAUUGAAUUAAUUGGUUGGUUUACUGAGAUGGAUCUUCAACAGAGAGUUUCAUUUAAACUUGAUGUUGCAAAUGGCAAAGGAACAUCAUCUAAUAACGACAUUAAACCAUUAGGUACUCUCCAAGAGUUUAAAAUAAGAAUGUCAAUCCCUUCAGGUCUUACAAAAGGAGUUAUACCAUGCACUCUUACAGCAAUCCAAGAAGGUCUUGUAUUUUUCAGCAAGAAUCUUUCGUUUAUAUUAACAGACAGGCCAAUUCUCUCUGCUAAAUUAUUGAAUGGAAAUACAGAAGAAGAAUAUAAUAAUUCAUUUUCUUUAUUAUAUUCAUUAAGUGCCAAAGAUGAAGGACAAUGCAAAUUCUAUUACAUGUUUAAUGGUGAAAAUGAAACUUUAAUAACAAUAUCAGACGGACAUGGAAACAUUCCACUAACAGGAUUGAUGUAUCAAGGAAAUGAUAAGUAUGUACUUUCAAUAGUUGCAAAGGAUGAAUACAAUUCAACAUCAAAACCUGAAAAUUACUCAUUUUCAAUUAUAAAUAAGCCAUAUAUUACUAAAAUUGAAAUGAAAAACAUCUCUGAUCCAGCUAAAGAUGUUAAUGUUUAUGUCACAUAUAAUGACCAAGACAAUGAAAAACAAUUAUACUUAUAUGCUGAUUAUGGAAACAAUGUUGUACUUCUAAAAACGCUUAUACCACAAAGCUCAGGAGAAUCAGAUCAGAAAAGAGAAGGUCCAUUUCCAUAUCCUAAUUCAGGAAAUUAUAACAUCAAAUUUUUCCUAACUUCUCAAAAGAUUAGUAAUGACUAUAAAUCUCUUCCUCCAAAUCAAAUCUCCAAUUUGUAUGAAUUUCCAAUUCUAAGUACUAAAGUUCCUGAUGUUAAGCUUCAAGUUAAAACAGGAAAAUACUAUUCAUCAACUUCAAAAAUAGGAUUCCAACUAACUGUGUUAGAUGAUAUGACUGGUGAUAUACAUUAUAUGAUUGAUGGAAGGGAAGAUUUUGAUAAAGGCACUGCAAAACCAAAUUAUGAUGCUCAGCAAAAUCAUAAAAAUGAUCAAUUUAGCGAUGAAAUACCAAUUCCAAGUUGGUUUAAGUAUUGGAGUAAUAACAGUGCCCAUACUUUCGCAGUUUAUGUUAUUGACAAUUAUGGAAUUCAAUCUAGAUCAGAUUCUUUUGAUUUCUAUGUAAUUAAUAACCCAGAGUUAUCUACUUUUAAUAUGAACAAAGACUAUGUUCUAACUCAAACUAAAGAUAAAUCAGAUCGAACCAUUCACUUUUACGGUGACUUCAACGACCAUGAUGAUGGAAAGGAACUCAAUUUCUAUGUUAAAGAAGGAAAUAUGGAUAAGAUUUUAGCAAAAACAUAUUAUUCUGGACCUAAAUUAAAUAUGGAGUAG